AUGUGGCCCCUGUGGUUUGUCAUUGGUAAGUGAUGGGGAAAAAAAUUGGCGCCGAUUUUUUUAAAGGUUUUUUUUCAGGAUUAUUGCUUUCUGGAAAUGUGCUCGGCGAGCUUGAUCCGGAGAAAAAUCUGACACAAGCAUUGCUCGUCGGUUAUAAUCCGAAAAUUCGACCGGUCAAAGUGGAGACUACAGUGACCCAAGUCACAGUUUUUCUCAACAUUGCUCAUGUGGAGAAAGUGGUGAGUUUUACGUAGGGGCCACAAAGUGAUUAACAAAAUUGUGAAUUUCGGGAAAACACUUAUCGGAAUGUGUUCUAGUGCUUAAAAAUAGUACAUUCCCAAUUUUUUUUUGAAAAAUGUUCGGUACUUCUCGAGUUAUGAACGUUUUUGGUUUGCGCGUUUGCACUGAAAAUUCAGUGAGCGAAAGGGGCGGAGUCUAUUUGGUGGCGGCGACGCGCUCCCACUCGGGGAACAAAAUGGAGAGCGCGGACAGUUUUAUCACAAAAAUUAACUUUUUUUCAGUAAAAAUGUUGUCUUUAUCGAAUCCAAAAGUAAACAACGAAAAAUUUUGGAAGUGGGUUCGAACCCGCGACCUCUCGAUUAGUGGUUUCAGCACUUGCCACUUUACCACCCGGGCGCGAGCGCGGCCGCUGCUCCGUUCAGUUGAUGUGCGCGGUGUUCGCAGUCACUUUCUAGCAUGAAAAAGUUACUGAAAAUGCGCAGGAAACUGUAAUUUGUGACAUUUCGCCAAGUAAAACGGAUGUUCCCUAAAAGAAAUCUGGUGUAGUUUUUUGUGCUGAAUCCGAUUCUGCCGUCAAAAUCCCGGUGCCGGACCAGUGUCAACCCGAAAACUCCAAAAAACUGAUUUUUCGGGCGAACACGGUAUGUUUGACAAAGUUAAAAAGUAUCUUAUAGGUGUCCAAAUGAUCUGAAAUUUUGUACAGGGAUACUAUACGAGUUUCUUAACACAUUCCGAAAAUAAAAAUCGGGGGUCACCGCUGAAAAUUUUUUUCAGUUUUAAGUGGCAAUUGAACUGUCUGAAAUUGAUGUUUCGCCAAGUAAAUCUUUAAUUCUGACUUCAAAAACGGAUUCAGCAUGUCAAGAACUAUCGGAAUGCAUAUUGGGAAGCCCGGUGCCGGACUUAUAUUGACCCCAAAAAGUUCCUCGAACUGACACUGUCCGAACAUUUUGCUGUUUUCGCGCUUGUUCGCAAAAACCAUGACAGUUAGGCUCAAACUGACUUAACCAAUGGAUUCUACGUGGUUGAUUACAUAAAGUAAUGUUGUUAGGACAAUCAUUUAUCAUUCUGAGUCCGCGCCACAGGCUCAGAAAGACGGAAAAAUGAAAUCCACUGAAAAAUUUCGACGCCCCGCCCCCUCCACUUUGUGGCCCCUAGUUUUACGGUUGCGAAACGUCCUAUGGUUGCCAAAAUUUUUUUGUGAGUAGAUGACGUCUAGUACUUUAUUUUUGUAGUUGACACUUUUUUUGUAUGACCACCCCCUGGGUUACUGUAGCGCUUGGAAGUUGGCACUGAAACUUGACUGCGCUCAGCGAGGCCUAACUUCCAAGAGCUACAGUAGUCCAGCGAGUGGUGGUACAGCAAAAAUGUCAACUACAAAAUUAAAGUACACGUUGAGUAGAUCAUUUUUGUAGUGAACAACUUUUUUGUAUCACCAGCCCCAAAAGUACUGUAGCUCUUGAAAGUUGAGGCUCGCUGAAAGCAAUGCCAACUUCCAAGACCUACAGUAAUCCAGAGAGCGGUCGUACAACAAAAGUGUCAAUUGCAAAAAUGUUCCACUAGAUGUCAUAUAACCCCAAAAACAAUUUGGCAACCAUAGGACGUUUUGCAACACCGUACAGUAUCCGGUCAAAGUUGAUCAUUGGAUGCUCUCGAAAUAUUGUCAUUCUCUCGGUUUCAGGACGAAAACGAGCAGACCGCUUUGGUGCACGGUCAUCUGUGGGCCUCGUGGACCGACGAGUACUUGCAAUGGAAACGCGGUUCGAAUAAUAUCACAAAAAUUCAACUUCAAGCUUUUCGCAUCUGGCAACCGGCUCUCGCGCUUUAUAACAGGCUAGUUUGUGUCUAUAUAAGUAUUGUAGCGUUCACAAAAAUUCCGAUUUUUUUGCAGUGCUCGCGGAAACACGUGGCAUUUGUACAUGAACGGACUGCCCGCCACCGUCUAUUAUACGGGAAAAGUGUGGGCGAGCGGCACGUUCUCGUUUCACGUCACUUGCCAAUUCGACUUUACCGAUUGGCCUUUCGAUAGACAGGUUUGUACGGGGGUUGCGAUGAAUUUAUCGAUGAAAAUGUCUAUAAAUAUAUAGCGAGGACCGAUAUCAUUGUUCAGAGUUGUCCAAUAGUGCUGGCGGAUUGGGUGUACGGUCUGGCACAGGUCAAUUUGAGCGAUCCGAACACGAUCUCCGAGUACGCGAAGCCGACGAUCCGAUUGAGUUACGAUCCGACGGACAAAACGAAUAAACGGCAUGUUGGAGGUGUGUAACCUGUCUUCGUUUGGUUUAACGAACUUUUUUUUUUGGAGGCUGGGAGGUGGAAGACGCGUGGAAGAAGCACUGUUACUGGGGACCGAAAGGAUGCAAAUCGGAGCAGCCGGAAGGAGAAGCCGAGUGGUAUUGGUCCCUUUUGGAGUUUGGAAUCAUUCUCAAAAGACACCUUCCCUACCUCGGCGCCACUAUUUUGCUUCCUUAUGUAAGUGCACUUUGGAGGGCCUGAACUAGAAAAUGAGGCAUUUUGAGGUGAAGUUGUCAAUUACAAAGUUGUUCAGCAUGAAAUUUGCAACUAGUUAUGCCAUGGCCUAGGAGUUUUCUAGGCCACAACUUUAAAAAAAAACAUCGUUUUCAGUUCCUGACGACGCUGAUCAUCCUGGCGGCCUUCUGGAUUGACACGUUCUCCGUCAACGUGGCCGUCAUCAUUUUCAACAUUCUUCUACAGGGCAUCUACGGCUGGAACAUGAUCCAGAAAAUGCCGCCGGGCAGUGGAAAAACGCCGAAAAUAAGUGGGGGGGGAAUCGUUUCGUUAUUCGCCCAACACUUCGAUGUGUUUGCCUUACAGUCCAACUCUACACACUGAACCUGGUUUUGAGCUCGUUCAGCCUCGUCAUUUCGGUAUUCUCAAAGUUUUUGGAGGAGAGUCUGCCCAAGGAAUUCGAGCUCAACUUUGGAAUCGACAUCACCGCAAUUCCCAAGCAGUUGGGAGUCGAUCGGUUUUUCGAGCCGAAAGGAUUGUCGUUCGAUCCACAGGCGUCAGUUUUUACAAUAGUUAUCUGUGGCCUAGAACACACCUAGGCCAUUUUUUUGUUGCAUUCUUUCUUCCCUCACCCUGAAACGUAACUAAAUCAAAACUGUUUGCAGACUCCUAAAUCCGGAAGAGCCCGAAUCGCUGGAAUCGAUGCUGGAAAUGGGCGGCGCCUCCGCGAGCACGUCGAUCGGAAUCGAAAACGUUCUGGAAACGGAUGAUAUCGGAGUGAGCCGAGAGGGACCGUCGGAAGACACGAUGGCACUGAUCAGUCUGCCGACGAACGAGGAGCCGCCGUUUGAAAUGAACGAAGAUGACGUGGCAUCCGGAUUCUCGAAGAUUCCGGACCAGGAGGAGGAGGAUGAGGAGGAGGAGAAGAAGAAGAAGAAGAAGCCGACGGAGACAAAGUUGCAACUUCAACUCCAUCUCAUCAAACGUCUCAUUUUUGUGCUCGUCGUUCUCGUCUACAUCGUCGCCGCCCUUCUUUGCAUUUAUCUUUGA